CCGGCCGCCCCCCGCUCGGGCUCGGCUCCCCCCUCCCCCGCACCUCCCCAGCCCGUGCUCUGUGCGCUUCCACGCUCGAAUCACGACCCCUCCCUGCCAUGUAUCCGCAAGGCAGACAUCCGGCUCCCCACCAACCCGGGCAGCCGGGAUUUAAAUUCACGGUGGCUGAGUCUUGUGACAGGAUCAAAGACGAAUUCCAGUUCCUGCAAGCUCAGUAUCACAGCCUCAAAGUGGAGUACGACAAGCUGGCAAACGAGAAGACGGAGAUGCAGCGCCAUUACGUGAUGUACUAUGAGAUGUCCUAUGGCUUGAACAUUGAAAUGCACAAGCAGACAGAGAUUGCGAAGAGACUGAACACAAUUUUAGCACAGAUCAUGCCUUUCCUGUCGCAGGAGCACCAGCAGCAGGUGGCUCAGGCGGUGGAACGUGCUAAGCAGGUCACCAUGACAGAGCUGAACGCCAUCAUUGGGGUACGUGGACUCCCCAAUCUGCCUCUCACCCAGCAGCAACUCCAGGCGCAGCACCUCUCCCAUGCCACACACGGUCCCCCGGUCCAGUUGCCGCCCCACCCGUCGGGCCUCCAGCCGCCUGGGAUACCCCCAGUGACCGGGAGCAGCUCCGGGCUGCUGGCUCUUGGCGCUCUGGGCAGCCAGGCCCACUUGGCAGUGAAGGAUGAGAAGAACCACCAUGAACUGGACCACAGAGAGAGAGAAUCUGGUGCGAAUAAUUCAGUGUCACCCUCAGAAAGCCUCCGGACCAGCGAGAAGCACCGGGGCUCCGCAGACUACAACAUGGAAGCCAAGAAGCGGAAAGCAGAGGAGAAGGACAGCCUGAGCCGAUACGACAGUGAUGGGGACAAGAGUGAUGAUCUGGUGGUAGAUGUUUCCAAUGAGGACCCAGUGACGCCCCGGGUCAGCCCUGCACACUCCCCUCCUGAGAAUGGGCUGGACAAGGCCCGGGGCCUGAAAAAGGACGCCCCCACCAGCCCUGCGUCGGUGGCCUCCUCCAGCAGUACACCUUCCUCCAAGACCAAAGACCUUGGUCAUAAUGACAAAUCCUCCACCCCUGGGCUCAAGUCCAACACUCCAACUCCAAGAAACGAUGCCCCAACUCCAGGCACCAGCACCACCCCCGGGCUGCGGUCGAUGCCAGGCAAACCUCCGGGCAUGGACCCGAUAGGUAUAAUGGCCUCGGCCCUGCGCACGCCCAUCUCCAUCACCAGCUCCUACGCGGCGCCCUUCGCCAUGAUGGGCCACCACGAGAUGAACGGGUCCCUCGCCAGCCCCAGCGCCUACGCCGGCCUGCACAAUAUCCCACCGCAGAUGAGUGCCGCUGCUGCCGCCGCCGCCGCCGCCUAUGGCCGGUCGCCAAUGGUGAGCUUUGGAGCUGUUGGUUUUGACCCUCACCCCCCAAUGCGGGCCACGGGCUUGCCCUCGAGUCUCGCCUCCAUCCCAGGAGGGAAACCAGCGUACUCCUUCCACGUGAGUGCGGACGGGCAGAUGCAGCCUGUGCCCUUCCCCCAUGACGCCCUGGCCGGCCCUGGCAUCCCAAGGCAUGCCCGGCAGAUCAACACCCUCAGCCAUGGGGAGGUGGUGUGCGCCGUGACCAUCAGUAACCCCACGCGGCAUGUCUACACCGGGGGCAAGGGCUGCGUGAAGAUCUGGGACAUCAGCCAGCCAGGCAGCAAGAGCCCCAUCUCCCAGCUGGACUGCCUGAACAGGGACAACUACAUCCGCUCCUGCAAGCUGCUCCCCGACGGGCGCACGCUCAUCGUGGGCGGUGAGGCCAGCACGCUCACCAUCUGGGACCUGGCCUCGCCCACGCCCCGCAUCAAGGCCGAGCUCACAUCCUCGGCGCCCGCCUGUUACGCUCUGGCCAUCAGUCCUGACGCCAAAGUCUGCUUCUCCUGCUGCAGCGACGGGAACAUUGCGGUCUGGGACCUGCACAACCAGACCCUGGUCAGGCAGUUUCAGGGCCACACAGAUGGGGCCAGCUGCAUAGACAUCUCCCACGAUGGCACCAAGCUGUGGACCGGGGGCCUGGACAACACUGUGCGCUCUUGGGACCUGCGGGAGGGUCGCCAACUGCAGCAGCACGACUUCACCUCCCAGAUCUUCUCGCUGGGCUACUGCCCCACCGGGGAGUGGCUGGCUGUGGGCAUGGAGAGCAGCAACGUGGAGGUCCUGCACCACACCAAGCCGGACAAGUACCAGCUGCACCUGCACGAGAGCUGUGUGCUCUCCCUCAAGUUUGCCUACUGUGGCAAGUGGUUCGUGAGUACAGGGAAAGAUAACCUCCUCAACGCCUGGAGGACGCCCUACGGAGCCAGUAUAUUUCAGUCUAAAGAGUCCUCAUCUGUCUUGAGUUGCGACAUUUCGGCGGAUGACAAAUAUAUUGUAACGGGCUCUGGUGACAAGAAGGCCACGGUUUAUGAGGUCAUCUACUAAACAAGGACUGUAACAGAGCUGUCACACUCUGGGAGAAGCCACCUCGGCGCCAACAGGGAGACCCCAGCGAGCCCCCCGAGGUCGCAGAGGACCUGCCGCCAGCAUCAGGUUCCCGGCUGUGCUCCGGAGGGCUGCAGGGGCGUGGCCUGUCAUGGCCUGGACCCUGGGCACGGAUUGAUGUGUCAUGAACUUGGAUGGAUUUGCUCCUCCUCCCCAUAUCGUGCUGGCAGAUGCUACAAAUAGAUUUAUUUGGAGGCUUAUGGCUCCCAGUCCAGUCCCCACAGACACCUUCAUGAAUCUUGUCUCUUCCUCCCCUUUCUUUUGCCCUAUCCCUUCCUUGCCUUGGGUUGGGGGGCACUGGAGUGGACCACUUUGUUGUGCCGGGGAGAGGGGAAUCUGGUUCCCGAUUGUGCAGUGCACAAGGCUUGUGAAAAAUGUAAAUAACGAGACUCCAAUCUCAGGCUGGUCAGUGGGGAGGAGACCCCUUCCCACGGGAACCUUGCCGUGUAGUUCGCCUGCUGUAUUUGCAAACCACGCGUGGUGGUGGCUUGUUUGUUUUGUUUUGUUUUCCCUUUUUUCUUUUGAAGUGAAGUUCCCAUUGGGAAAGAGGGCAGGGAGGGAGCGACUGGGAGAAAUGCUAGGGUGCAGUGGCGAGCUACACCCCGCAGCUAGAUGCCCCAGGGUACCCCUUGGGGGUUUGGGCAGUGUCCGAAGCCUGUCUGGAUGGAGCGUCGCAGACAGGUGGAAUGGACUGGGCCAAUGUCUACAGAAAUGGCUGGGUUUUUCUGUGGGUCUCCUUGAGUCGCAUCUUCCACUCUGUGUGCCCUGGGCCCUUCUUUCUCGGUGUCCACCCUUCAUCGGCAUGGGGGUCCGAGGUUCUUCAGAACCUCCUCUCCAGCUCUUCUUACCUUUCGGAUGCAGCCUGCAGAGGACACAUGCUGGAGGGAAGUGUAGCCACUCAGCUCAGGGAGCCACCAGAGACAAACAGCAACUGAUGUGGGUGCAUUUUUUUUUAAUUUGAAUAAAAAGAAUUAGCAGUGAUGUCCCUUUAUAAAAUGCCUUCUCCCCCUUUCAUGCCUUCAGCCACUUCAUCUCCUGCCAGGAGGAGGGAGCGUCUUAACCUGCAGGGCUGUGAGUCUGAGAAGCGGCUUCUCUAACCCUGACCUGGGCAGGGCAGUGGGCUGGGGACACAACCUGGCACACUGUGGUGACCCUUGCAGCCUUCUGUCAUGAGCCGGUCAGGUUACAGGGACAGUGCUAUCCUGUGGGUACCAAAUGUUCUGAAGUAUUAGGAUUUUGUUUUCGUUUUCAUCAUUUUCCCCCCCUUUUGAAAGAAAAAGAAAGGGCCGUGUGAUUCCUGGUGGUGGGCUCUCUGUGGAUGUAGCAUAUGGAAGAUAAUUUUUAUAUGCAUUUUUAUGGAUUAUUUUAUAAUGUGAUUCUCUCUGGUGUGAAGGAAAGGGGCUCCCAGGAAAACUGUCUUGUCUCCAGGGCUCCCUGGCUGCACUGCCUGGCAGGAUGUGGAGUUGGACAUAGGAGCCGGAAGGGCACCCUGGACCUUGCUGAGAUGUGGGGUGUCUGGGGGGGUCUCUCUCUGUCUCUCACUGGUGGCUUCACCAGAGCAAUCACCUAAGGUUCUGGCCAGGAGGGAGGGAGGGCAAGGGUAGAAGAAAGUUACUCCUACAGCAAAAAAGUAAAUGAAAAUUCAUUGUAAUGAGCUGUUUUUAUAUUUUUAAAAGUUAUUAUUUAAAGGUUGGUUUGACUGUUGCGUUUUAAUUUGCUUUCCCCCCAGCGUGUCAUUCUCCCCUACGAAAUCCAGGGCCAACGUCCCACAUCCAUGCCCUUCCCCAAGCCACCUCACACCUAAGAAGUCCGAUUGAGCCGGGCAGUUCAGUGGGAAGUG